GGCAGACAGGGAGAGAUCCGAAGAAGAGGUAUGGGGCGAGGCCGAGCACCGUGCUGCGCCAAGGUGGGGCUGAACAGGGGCUCCUGGACGCCGCAAGAGGACAUGCGCCUCAUCGCCUACAUCCAGAAGCAUGGCCACGCCAACUGGCGCGCACUCCCCAAGCAAGCAGGUUUGCUGCGGUGCGGGAAGAGCUGCAGGCUGCGGUGGAUCAACUACCUGCGGCCGGACCUGAAGCGCGGCAACUUCACCGCCGAUGAGGAGGAGACCAUCAUAAAGCUGCACGGCUUGCUCGGGAACAAGUGGUCCAAGAUCGCGGCGUGCCUGCCGGGAAGAACGGACAACGAGAUCAAGAACGUGUGGAACACGCACCUGAAGAAGAAGGUGGCGCAGAGGGAGCAGAAAAAGGCGGGCGCCACUAAGAACGACGCCGAGGCGAGCGGAGACGCCGGCACGCCCCUCACGUCGUCCUCGGCGUCCUCGUCGACGACGACCAACAACAGCUCCGGGGGCAGCGACGCUGGCCAGCAGUGCGGCACGAGCAAGAAGCCCGAUAUGGUCGACAUAUCUGCCUUCGAACCAGAACACAUCGACAUAUCGGACAUGCUGGUGGAUGCGCCCACCGGGGCGUUCCCGGCGCCGCAGCCAAUGCCGCCGUCGCCGUGCUCCUCGUCCUCCCUGACGACGUGCAUCGGCGGCAUGGAGGAGGAGAUGCUCGAUCUUCCGGUGAUAGAUAUCGAGCCGGAGAUCUGGAGCAUAAUCGAUGGCGACAGCGCCGACGUGCCGGACGUCUCGGGCGCGAGCCAUGGCGAUGCGACAGUGCCACGUACCGCCAACGCCGCCAGCGUCAGCGAAGCAGAGGAGGCUAACGAUUGGUGGUUGGAGAAUUUGGAGAAGGAGCUGGGCCUGCGGGGCCCAACAGGGGAAACGCAGGCCCAGUCUGACCUACUGGACCAGAUGGGAUUUGCGGGCCCACUCGGCAACACGGAGGGGGACCCAGUCUCCACCUACUUCGAAACCGGGCCCACCAAUUGCUGAACUCCAGAUAUCGGAUCAUCUGCCGUUCUGUUAUAAGUAGCAUGACGGAUCCGUUCCGUCCGAUUUAGAAUCAAAGGCUGGGAUUAAGAACAA